GCGCGUAGAGAUUAUGCUUUUAUUUUGACAGGCUGUACCGGAAACUUGGCGGAAUCUUUUUUGUGGUCAUUAUCGGAGAUUUGAAAUCAUAUUUCUGUCUUAAUUUCACCCAGUUAAAGACAUUUGUCAAAUCCUACACUUUCAUUAAUUUUCUGCCAAACGCACUGGUAUUCUAAGACAAAAACACGCAGCGGUGACGCUAGCAUUUAAAGCAGCAAAUUAAAAGCCCUACAAGGGAACUGAGAUGACGGUACAGAUAAACACCACGGAUGUAUAACGACUACAUAAUGUCUGUUGAUGUAACUAAACAAAAAAAAUCAGCCGAUACAGCCAAACAGAAGCUGUAAACAAACAAACAAACACAGCCAACUCGUCAAAAAAGGAAGAAGUACUCCGCAUGUCUCGAGGAUAAACCCAGGAUAACACGCAGGUGCCUGCUGCUGCACUUUGCGCCGUCUUCAUGGGUUCGGUUGCUCGGUGAUAACGGACCGUAAUCUGACUGGAGGCUAGACGGUUGUUGCCAUGGCGAGGUCAGCUGCUUGUUGCUGUUGUGGCUCUCUCGGCUUUUUAUAGUCCUGCUGGACCGCUAACGUUCUGUAGGACAAACCAAAGACAGCGCGCGACCUUGAAGGACGUUGUCAUGGAUUUAACGCGGCUGGCUGUGGAUGCGGGUCAGUUCAUCAACCGGGCUGUUCAGUACACGGAGGAGAGUCUUGGACAGGCGGAGAAAACGGGGUUGAACCCCGGGCUGGAGGAGCGCUUGGCCCUGGUAGAGUCCACCAAGACAUGGACAGACCAGAUCAUCUCCCAGACUGAGGUUUUACUGCAGCCUAAUGCAGGAGCCCGGUUAGAGGACCGGCUGUAUGAGCAGCUGGAUUGGAGCGUGCCACCUCGGCCUCGUGCACAUGAGGUACUGGGGGACCAAAUGACCCAGGCUGGGCUGGAGAUUGGAUCCAACACACCCUAUGGGACUGCACUGCUCAGGGUUGGAGAGACUCAAAAACGGUUUGGUGAGACAGAGAGGAAUUUUGUCCAAAGCACUAACAUCCACUUUCUCACCCCUCUGAGGAGUUUCACUGAGGGAGAAUACAGAGCCAUGCAGGAUGAGCGCAAGAUGUUGGUGAAUAAGCGUUUGGACUUGGAUAUAGCUAAGACCAGACUGAGAAAAGCCCAUGAAGCCGACAGAGAGGGCAGAAACCUGAAUGCAAACCCGUUGGAGGAGGACUACAUGUCGCAUGUCUCUUACAUGUUCAGCUUCCUGCGGGUCAAAUGGCUCAAGAUGUGGGCUCAGGAAAUCUCUCAGGCACAGAUGGAGCUCAGUAUCUGCCAGAGUCUGUUCGAUCGACAGACAGAAAUUACAGGACGAGUUGUGGAAGGAAUCAGCAACACUCACACCAACCACAUGCGGAGCCUGACUGACUUUGUGGAGGCUCAGUCCUGUUACUUCGACCAGUGCAACCAACAUGCUCAUGAGCUUCAGAAGCAGCUGGCCAGCAUCCCAGCAGUCCUCUGCUCCAAUAACUGGCAGUUAGCAAUUGGUAAUGAAGUAACACAGCCGUCUACAAACAACCAUGUAGCCAAUGAGCCUGUCAGGUUAAAUCAGGUCAAUUCAGUUUCCAUAGAAGUUCACAAAAACCCAGACUUCAGCCAGGAUUCAUGGACUGCAAAUCCAGCAGCCUCGACUGAAAAAACUACAGCUUCCAUUGUAACCACACAGCAAAAUAACAAUUACAACAACAACAACUUAUUUUCUGAUGGGCAAGCGACCAGCCACUGUUCAGCCAUCAAUCAAGAACUUCAUCAUGUCACUUCAGCUAAAAUAACAAAUGAUGGAGGUACUGGGACUGCAACAGUACCCCCUCAUCUCACUGGAAAUGAGACUCACAAUGUGAAUGCAGUAGACAGUGAGACCGCAACAACUGCUGACAUGACAACUGAGACUUUAACCACCAAUGGCAUGACAGCUGAGCCUCAAACCGCCAAUGAAAUUGCAAGGGAGCAACCCACCAUUAACGGAGAAGAUGUCCAGGAGCCAUCAGCCAUUCAGGAUGUGGAUCAGUAGCUGGGACUGACUUUAGACUGAACCUUGAGCUGAUUUGAAUCGGUUAUAAUUAGCAAUCUUCUCCCAACAAUCCGAGAUUACAGUACAGAUAGACUAUCAUUCAACAACAUUAAUUAAUCCCAUAGGGAAGAUCACGUGGACUGGUUGUAAACGUGCUUCUUUUUCUAAACGUGAGAUAGUGCCACAAUCAUUUUAGCCUUUAACCAUGUUCAUAUAUUAUUCAUGUUGUAUGCAAACGAUGACUGUUGUGUAUCAGUCACCUCUCGUGGCAAUGGCUUUGCUAUUCUGGACUGAAAAAGUUGUUUUCAGACUCUUAUUUUUUAGAUAAAUAACCAAACUAAUGAAGCUUUGUGCCAAGUGUAGAUUAUCAUUGUGAAAACAUUGAUUCUAAGUGAAUCUGUGUGUUUGUUUCCAUGUCCAUCAGUGACCCAUGUGCACACUGUCGCUUGUGUUUACAGCUUUUGCAAAUCUCUUACACAUUUAAGGAGAAGUGUGGUGUAUCUGUACGUGACUCUGCCACCUCUUAGCUCUUGUUACUGCCAGUUGAGCUCAUUUUCCAUCUGAAACAUGUUACUUACAUGUGUUUGUGACUCUGGGGAGGCGCCAAACACCACGCUGAACUGGACCUUUAUGCUGCAGCAUGGGUUAAAAUAUGUUGCCUCAUGCACAGUCUGGGUGUUUCCCCUCACACACAGUCAAAUCAAAAUACUCUCUUUUCCCCUUUUACCCCUUUAGGUGAAGUUUCCAAGUCCAGAUGUUGUUCAUUUUCUUUGUGAGGGCAGCAGGGCUCUACUGUGGUGUGAGUUCGCUCUGGGGACCCGGGAUGGAAACGCACACAUUAAUGUAGCAAUGACCCUACUGAUGUAAUCAUGAAUCAGCUCUUUGCUCUUUGUCGCAAUACAUUAUAGAUGUGUGUGUGUGUGUGUGUGUGAAUGCAUACUCACAGUUGUAGUUGCUGCCAGUUCUAAAACUGCGUGUCCAUGCAGUCAUGUUGUACGUUGAGCUGAUGUCAGCGUAAGGUUUGAUUCAUGUAAAGAUGUGGAAAUAAAUAUGCAAACA